CCGCCCCGGGGCCGGUCCCGGCGGCGCUGACGCGGAGGGCGGGGCGGCGCGUGACGCUGCUGCUGCUGCCGCUGCUGCUGGCGCUGCUGCUGCUGGCGGCGGCGGCGCGGCGGGGGCGGCAGCGCCGAGCGGGGCCGAGCGGAGCCAGGCAGCGCCGCGCCGCCAUGCAGCGGCUCCCGGCGGCGCCGCGCCGCUGAUCGCCGCCGCCGCCCGCCCGCCCGCCCGCCCGCCGCGCCGCCAUGAACUUCCAGGGCGGGCCCGGGCAGAGCCCGCAGCAGCAGAGCCUGGCGGCGCCCGGCGGGCCGGUGCCGGUGCCGGGGCCCUCGGGGCCGCAGCCCGGCGGGCCGCCGCCGCCGCAGUUCGGCCUCUCCAACUCGGCGGCCAUCCGCGCCGAGAUCGGGCGCUUCGAGUCGGUGCACCCCAACAUCUACGCCAUCUACGACCUCAUCGAGCGCGUGGAGGACCUGGCGCUGCAGAGCCAGAUCCGCGAGCACGUCAUCUCCAUCGAGGGUGGUAAGGAGUCCUCCAGAAGCACGUCUUCUCAGCAUCAGGACCCCCAGUCCUUUGUGUGCGUGAUGGCUUCAUGGAGAAGCAGACUGGGCCUCGCGUAGGACACGAGCAGUACAGUGGCAAAUAAUCAGACCUGGACCGAUAGACAGUUUCACGCGUUAGACAUAACGAACAAGAGGAGGGAAGCUUGUUGUGCACAGCCGUUGUCCCCGGCCUCCCUGGCCCUGCCAGCUGUUGAUCAUGCUGACCACACCAGUGUCACCGCGUCAGAGCUCCGAGACUGGGUUAUUGGUGAAGUCCCCUUCAGGUGAACCCCGUGCUGGGCAGGAGGCCGAGAAGCAGUUCUUUUCUUCUGUUGUGGAGGAUGCUUUGAACUAGGCACCGUGUUAUUCGAGUGCUUGCUUGAGGGAGGCAGCUCUCCUGAGAGCACCAUAAUCUAGCUGAACAGCCUUGAUGAUGCUACCAAUACCAUAGCUUACACUGUUCUGCUUUGCAAACCCAAGGUAUUUAUUUUAGGAGGCUUGUGAGACUGCCUGGCUGAUGCUCAGCUUUGUUUUCAAGAAAGACUUGUGGCUGCAAGACAGAUUGAUGACAAUAGGGUUGGACAGGGUAACCCUCUGGUAGCGCUAGUAAUUAGUGCCUUGGCUCCAAACCACUCUUCCUUCUUAUUGACCAUAGUGAGUGUAGUGCUUGGCUGUGUCAGGUGAAAGAUGAAGCAUUAGCCUCUUCUGGUGCUAGCUGAUACUUAUAUUAGUGCCUGAAGCCAUCCAGUAAGUUGCUGAAUGACUCACAAGUACAGAAAGCCUCUUCCUACUGCUGAAGCAUUAGGGAUCCUUGGUCAGCAGAAUUAUUAUAAAUUGUCUAAAAUCAGCUCGCGAUUUACAAGCGAGCACUGGAUUCAAGCACCAUCAGUCAGGAAUGUCAAUCUUACCGUACUGAUGCAGGAUCAGCUCUCUGGAAACUUAAUCAGCUGGAAAAUGAAGCAAGAGUAAAUACUAACGAGACAGUACUGCCCUUUUUGUGGGCCACGGUGGAACUGCUGCCGUUGGCCAGAUUCAGCGACUGGGGCUGGGAAUGGCUCGACAGCGUUGCUGCUGCGUGGCUCUGGGAGGUCUGCGGCAUAACGGGCAGCGGGGGAAGAGUGCGAGUUCAAGAUGAGUGUUGUCAUGUUUAGCAAUUAAAUGCCCGAUGUUGGUAACUGUCUUGAAACUGAAAUCUGUAAUUCUGCUGUUUCCAUGGAAAUAGAAGGAUCUUGUGAUCAAGACAUGAGGCUGGGAUUUGGGAGCACUUCAGUCCUUGGGAGCUUCAGGCCUUUGCUUUAACCUACCUUUCCGCGAUUCUUCCUCCUAGCUAGUGUCCCCUGUGUGUUUGACUGGGAGGGGAGAUAAAAACUAGCCCUUGGGCAGAAAUAUGGAUGCCUAAAUUCAGAAGAUUGGUCAAGAAAGCCCAGCCUAAUCCACUAGGAUUCUGACAGAAACAUCUUUAGGUGCCUGAAGUUGUGGCAUUGCUCAAGCCGUCUUGGCUGAGCAGGCCCUCGGCAAGAGGAACCGUGGGAUCCAGAAGCUGGGGGGAGUCAUAAUUCAGCUGAGGGUGACUGGACCAAAUGGAGAUGUUGAAAACACAGAUGGCUUUGAGUUCACUUCAAAAAGGGGAGGAAGAAAAGAAGUGAUGGGACCGAGUCCUUGCAUAACAGCCUCCUGAGCAGGGUGCUCACUGAAGAUGGGGAAGUCCUGGGCUGGUUUCGGCAGCACUUCUCCCUGAAACUGCUCCUUGGGAGUUAUCUUCUAUAGAACAGACUCUUUCUUAGCUGGCUUGGAGAGCUGGCAGCUUCAGCCCACCUCUCCCCAGCCCUGCGGCCAACUUGCCUGCAGAGUGCUUUGGCCUUGACAUUUCUCUUGUUUCUAUGUCUAAGAUGAUGCUUUGGGCUGCCAGGGAGUCAAACCUCCCAGCUACCUCAGUUUCCCACAGGUUAAGUUGGAUUCAGUCCUAUGAAAUGCAGAUCAAAGAAAGUCUGGUGAUCUCUUUGCUCUUUUGAGAGAACUUUACUGCCAGGAUUACGGAUUAAGCCAUAGCGUGUUGCUGACUGUGGAAAGAUGUGGGUAUGGUGGAAGGACAGAAGAAGAAUCUAUUCCUCCCUGCAGCUUGCUGCGUUAGUCACUGUCUCUUGAACACUGAGACAUCCCACACAAAUGUAAGAAGUGGAGCUUCUCUGUAAGCUUUCAAUUUAUGUUACUGUUGUACUCCUUGAUAGUUAGAUUCUGCCUUUCCUGGCUUGCUUGUAAGCCACAGCAUUUUUAAAGCUGGCACAAUACUUCAUGCAUCUUAGAGUGUAGGGAAGGUAUUAAACAAAUACCUCACUAACUUGCAACUUGUCCAAGGCAUUACGUAAAAUGAUGCGUCAUUUAUAGUCCAACAGAAGAUGCGUUUGAGACUAACAGUGUUUAGGUUCUGCAACAUCCCAAUCCUUGUGUUAGUUUGGAGAAACCCUCUGAGGGACCCUGUUACACAGGCUUUUAAUAAAAGUUGGAAAGUAUCUAGCAAACAUAGAAGCAAGGGUUACCAUUUUUAUGGCUUCGAUAAGACCGUCGCUGGGUACUGUAUGUGGUUUUAAUGUCUGUAACUAUUGUGACAUUGUUUAAAAAAAUCUGAAUGGUUAUCAAAAAAACCACAGAAUGAUUUAAAGCCUGGGAAGACUAUCUAAUAGUAUAGUAUGAGGCUUAUCUAAAAGAAAUCAGAUUAUUUUAGAAGCUGAAGACAGACUGUAACCCUGUGGGUAGAGCCAAAAGCUACUCGGAUUCAGACUUAAAGUACUCAUUUUUGUCAGAGAGAGUAUCUCACCAUUGCAAUAAAUUAGCUAGAGGUAUAGCAAAUAUUUGUAAGGCCUCAAAUCAAAGCCUGAUUUUCUCUGCUGAAAAAAAGUGUGCUGUAGCUCAGUUAUAAGAGAUACUUUUGAUGGUGAAUUUUUUAGAUGGAGUUUUCUAACCUGUGCUGUGCAGGAGGUGCAACUAAAUGGUGCAAGAUGGUCUUUGCUGUCUCUGUCAUCUGCUGUCCAUGACAAAAUACACAGGAGUUAAUAGAAGGAAUCCUCAAUCUCAGCUGAAGUAUGUGACUGCAUAUGUAAUAUGAAUGAUUACAUUCAAAUAAACUUCAUCAGCAGUGAUAAAAUUAUAAAUCAAACACUCAUAAAUUGAGCACUGCUAAAAUCUAAAGUGCCUGUAUAUUUCUAACAUUUUAGUUCUUUUUUUUAGGCUGUCAGUGAAGAAGCCAUUUAGCAGGUCAGGAUAGAAACUGGCUUCUGACAUAGCCUGUGUCUUGGUGUAACUCAGCCUAAAAUUUAGGCUGUUGUGCUUCUUUAGCUUGAACUGUUAAUGUGUGAAAGCUAAAAGCUGUCUUGCCUCUCUAUUUUGUUGGUUUCUUCUGUAUUAGUUUGCCUUAACAGCAAGGGUUUUUUUGCAUCCCCAUAGCUUAUACUGAGACGUGUGAAUGGCAACUCUCAAGUUCUUUUUUUUCUCCUCCAGAUUUGAAUGCACUUUUAUAGACAGCAGAAGUCACCUCUCUGAACUAAGGAUGACCCCUACGCAACCAUUAAGUUCCAGCUUUAAACUACGGAGGUUGAUUAGAUCUUCAGACAACUAAAAGCUGGAAAAAUGUACAGCUUUGGCAAAGCUACUUUAUUUUUCCCUAACCUCAAUUUUGGAAAUGGCUGAAUUGCUUUUGCUGAAACUACUAAAAAGACCAGCCUAAUGGAGAGAGCAAACAUGGAAAAUUUCAGCUUGAAUACCUAUUUUGGCAGUUUUAAGGCCCUGAUUUUCAGUUGCUGUAAUGACUAUUCGGCAACUUGAAAUGUAGACAUGGAGCUUUCUUGCAGGUUGGUUUGUUGGUCACAGAUUUCCUGAGCCCAAAAUAGUGUCUUAGUAUUUUAAUCGUCUUUUACUGAGUUUUCUUCCUUGAACUUGCCUAAUCAUUUUUUGAGUUCGUGCAGACUGCUUAGCAUCCACUGCAGCCCUUGACAAGAUGUUUUACAGUUUACCAAUACUUUACCUGCAAGGAUCUUUCUCUGUUUUGAAUCUGCCUCCUGAUUGAUUUUACUUAAUGUUGCCUAGUUUGUGUAUUGGAAGAAACAGUGAACAAAUUGUUCCCUGUUGGCCUUCUCCUUUCUUCUGCCGACAUUGUAGACUUCUUUCUCUCUCUGUCAUCUUCUUUUUCAGGCUUCCUACGUAGAAGCUGUUCCGUCCUUUUGAUCAUCUCCUGCCCUUCUCAGUGCCUUUCCCGGUUCUCUCGUAUCUUUUUUGGAGAUCUGGGUCAAAAGAGACAGAGAAGGUGAGGAACGACGUUAGGAUGGUACACAGCAUUCACAACGCAGGCACGCCGUGGAGCGGCACAAGAGCUUCGUGAUGUUCCCUGUUCUGUUCUUUGUCCUUUUCUUAGUAAUUGCUAAUACUCUGUUUGCUUUUUGAAUUGCUGCUGAACAGCAAGCUGAUGUUUUCACAGAAUUAUUUAGAAUAACCUCAAGAUUUCAUUUCUGAGUGGUAACAAGCUAUUUAGAGCACUAUUAUAUAUGUAAAAUGAGGAUUAUUUUUCUCUGUGCACAUCACUACAUUGAUCAUCACUGAAUUUCAUUUACCGUUCUGUCACCCAGUUGCUCAGUAUUUUAAGAUCCUUUCACGA